AUCCAAUGCAGUCUUUCGCAUGAUCAUCAAUCAGAUUGGUGGGCAGUAAAAUGACGUGAGGAGACUUUUAUUGCCGCGGGGUAACUUCAAGGGACCCGGAGGAACCCCACCAGCAACUACUCGUUAGUUCAACUCCAUCUCCGCCUGUUCAGCAGAAUGAUCCUCCCUAGUAUCUUCCAACCGACUACCUUGUGUCUGUUGCUCCAUCCAGAUUCACCAUGGCUUCAGAUCUAGAGACCAUCCGCAUUGGCUAUGUGCCUGAACACUACCUUACGCCUCUCCACCUGGCGCUGCGCUCCCCAGCCCUGGCUGCUCUCCCAUUCAAGCUCUCUCUGAUUCCCUUCCCCUCUGGAACGGGACACAUGAUCACUUCUCUGCGCGAGAAGGAAAUCGAUGUCGCCAUUGGCUUGACUGAGGGAUGGGUAGCUGGUCUAGCUGGUAAACAGCAGGCCCAGAAGGACCCCUCGGAGGAUGGCUACAAGGUGAUCGGACACUGGGUCGAUACGCCUUUGCGCUGGGCCAUUGUCACAGGUCGGGAGAGAGAAGAUAUCCACACGGUGGCUGAUCUCAAGGACAAGCGCGUUGGUGUCAGUCGUCUCGGAAGUGGCUCCCACAUCAUGUCUUUCGUCCUCGCUCAGAAGCAAGGCUGGAAGCCUGACUCGCUGUCCACUGUGCCCUUGGGCCCCUUCGCUGCUCUCCGCAAUGGAGUGACCGGAUACGAUUCGGAGCAUCCCGAGCAGGAGCCGAAGCCCACGGCCGAGUUCUUCAUGUGGGAGCACUUCACCACGAAGCCGUAUUUCCAUCCCACUGAAGAGAAGCCUCAUCCCGCCUUGAAGAAGAUCGGUGAGAUCUACACUCCCUGGCCGUCUUGGAUGAUCGUGGCGUCUACUUCAUCUUUCUCGGAUCUGGAAGCGGAUGGCAAGCUGCAACAGCUGCUCAAGCUUCUGGAUCAGGGCAUUAAGGACUUUGAAGCCGACACUGCUCAGGUCGUAAAGCUCUUGGGUACUGGGGAGCUGGGCUGUAACUACGGAGAGGAAGAUGCUAAGGAAUGGCUCAAGGAUGUCAAGUUCACAAACUCGACUCGGGGUGUGCAGAGGAAGCUUGUUGAAGGUGUGGUGGACGUUCUCAAAGUGGCAGGAGUGAUUGACAACAGCAUGACCAAUGAUGAGGCCGUCGCAAGGGUCAUUGGCAUCCAUCAAUGAAAGCUAUGAAAUACCCAGGCCCCCACCAUCAACGGCGGCAAACCUAGGCAUCUGUGUGCAAUGUCCCAUAGCCGGGCACCUUUGUGUUCGUUAUGUUUAUUAUGAUCUCUCAAGUUACUGGCUUCGGCAGAAAUUGGAUAACUUGGACAAGCAAUUGAUUUCUGAAUGAUUAAACCGAGGGCAUUUUCGACCGGCGAUCUUAAUAUGCUCGUCAUCCCUCUGAUAACCUUGCACCUCGUGCACUGGGCUUCACUCCGCGGCAUAUAGUCCGAUCAUUACCAGGGCCGAUUGAUAGACAACAUAGUAUGCGGGAUUAUUUUGCCUUCGGCCAACUUUUGUUGGGCUGAUUGACCGAAAACAUGUACCGUGGGUAACUGAUAAACCGGGCCGAUGAGGAGUACAUGCCUUCAUCACCAGGACGACUCCCACAUUCCUGGGGUCAUAAGUGGAUAUCUGGC